AUGGAUAUCUUCUUCCAGUUUCGUUUCCUGCAUAAAACUCUGAGUUCAAGUGAACAACAGCAUACUCAGCCUCCUCGGCCUGCAACAACAAGAAUUCAACAAGAAAUUGAUGAGGCAGUUCAGAGGGAGAGAGAACUGAAAGAAGCAAAUGGAAUUCAGACAUCUGAUGAAAAUAUUGUACAUAAGAGAUCUCAAACACCUGAUGCUGUCAACAGUUCCACAGAAGAGAGAGAGAGUGAUCCAAAUAGUUUCUCCUCUUCGAACAAUCUUUCAGAUUCACUAAAUGAUGGAGAACCCUCAGCACAAGCUGUUCCAACAAAGAGAUCUCAGUCAUCAAGUCCAUCACUUAAUAAUUCUCCAUUUGCAAGCCCAACACACAGGUUCUCAUCUGGUGGUGGACAGAAAGGAUUGAUGCAGAGGUUUUAUGCAUCACAUGGAAGGAUGAGAAUUUAUGCUGCUCCAAGGAAUACUGUACCUGUUGUUGUUUCUCCUCCUUCUGUUUCACCUGUACAUAACCAGCCUCCAAUUCAAAGGAAGAUCAUUGACAUCAAUAGUGGGAAUGAUUCACAGGAUUCAGAUGAAGACCUGGUAAAGACCCCAGUGAGAAAGGGCUACCAAUCAGCUGAAGAGAAGAUACAAGCAGAGUUACAAGAGAUGCAAAAACGUGAAGAAGAAUUGAGGUUGCUGAGAGCAAAACUAUUUGCUCAGUCACAGCCAAAUCUUUUGAGCAUUGGUAGUAUUGAGGAAGAAGAAAUUAAUCAUAUCAAUGGUGAUGGAGAGAAACAGACUUUGCAGAGUGCACAGUCUAUUCCAAAUCUCUUAGAUUCUGAUGAUUCAUUGGAUGUUUCACAGGAUCCGGCUUCACAAAAGAUACUGGCUGUACGCCCGUGCUUAACAGUGGAUAAAGAUGGGCGUUUGCAUACUGUCACUUUUUAG